AUGAUGGCGGAGUUACAGGGAGUCGACGCUAUCGGUGCCCUGUCAUGCAUACAACCGCUCAAAGAAAUAAACGCACUCAUUGACGGGUUGAAUGGAUUGAAGGAACCAAGACCUCCUCGAAAAAAUUAUAAUCAGUUGUCGUCAAAUGAAAAACUUGAUAACAGACAGACAGAUAAUAUUCACAUCGAGGAAGCAGAGGAGGAGUCGGACGCAAGCAGCACUGACUUAGACGAACGCGAUACUCGGGGCGUCUGCCCGCCUUGUGCGCAUGACCGGUACAACAACAAUGUACGUCGACACACUCAUGACGACUUCAGUGACGACACAGAUUAUGGUAAGUAA